AUGGCUUCCACCAGCAGCAAUAUUAUUCAAACAGCCCCAUGUACACCUUCCUCUUCUUUUUCUAAACCCCAAUCGAAAUACGAAGUUUUCCUCAGUUUCAGAGGCGCAGAUACUCGCAAUACUUUUACCGACCAUCUCUAUCACGCUUUGGAUUCUCAUAAAGGGAUUAGAACCUUCAGGGACGAUGAGGAUCUUGAGAUGGGAAGACCCAUUAAACCGGAACUCUUGGAUGCAAUCGAGACAUCGAGAAUGGCAGUCAUCAUUUUGUCAAGCGGCUAUGCAUCUUCCUCGUGGUGCUUGGAAGAACUUGCAAAGAUUAUUGAAUGCAUGAAAGAACGAGGGAUGAGAGUCUUGCCAGUUUUCUACCACUUGGAUCCUCGUGUUGUGCGCUAUCAGAUUGGCUCUUUUAAAGAUGCCUUUGCUGAACAUGAAAAACGUUUCGAGGAGAAGAUGACAAAUGUCAAAAGCCUAGUCGAUGAAGGCCAAUGUCCUCGCAUAAAUCCUGAGUCAUCCAGGCUCUUAUGUUGCUUCCGCGUAUUGGAGGAAGCACUGGUGGUCAUGGGUUUGUGCCCAAUCAGUGAGAGUGAUUGA